GGCUCCCCAUUGCCUAUUAGGGAGGGAGAGAAUAAGUCAGGCACUAUGCUAAGCGCUUUACAUAUAUUAUCUCAUUUGAUUCUCAGCAAUCUCGUGAGAGAGAUUCUAUUACUAUGAAUGAUUAUCUAAAAAGGGAAAGAAACGAUCCAAUGCUGUGGAUUUAAUCAUAUUCAAAAAGACACCCCACGUCAUGUUUUCUCAGUCUUGGUUUAAAAUAGCCUUUUGCUUUUCAGCUCCGUCUGAGGGCACUUAUUCACAUCCCCAACCCGUGAAUCCCUCCUUCCAGCCUCAUCUGUACCAUGGUUGCUAUGGUGAUGUCAUGAGAAUGGAUACCCCAGGAGCCUCUUGUAACACAGACAGAUUGAUCCACUGUGGGAUCCGUGGCUCAGAACUGUUUGCUGAGAUGGAUUUGGCACUUAUGAUGAAAUAUCAAACUAUGAUCAAAACUGUUGGACAGAAACAAUGUGUAGAUCCUGCUUUGAUUGCUGCAAUUAUCUCCAGAGAGACCCAUGCUGGGUCCGUGCUACAAGAUGGCUGGGACCAUCAAGGACUUAAAUUUGGUUUGAUGCAGCUUGAUAAACAUACUCAUCACCCCACUGGAGCCUGGGAUAGUCAAGAGCACCUGACACAGGCUGUAAAGAUCCUAACUGACACAAUUAAGACAAUCCAGAGAAAAUUCCCAACAUGGAGCAUGAGUCAACACCUGAAAGGUGGCCUCUAUGCCUACAGAUCAGGGAUUGAUGCCCUUGUAACACCUACUGAUGUAGAAAAUGACUACACCAAUGAUAUUCUUGCCCGAUGUAAAUUUUAUAGGAGACACGGCUUCUAAGUUUGAGGAGACUGGUCAACUAGAUCACCAUUUAGUAGAAGAGAAUGAGAGAGAACAUGUUAU